AUGCUAGAUAAAACUAAGACCAGAGGCAAUGUAGGCCCACUGCUGACUGAGGUGGGUGCCCUGGUGACAGAGGAUACAAAGAAGGUGGAAUUGCUGAACACCUUCUUUGCCUCUGUGUAUAGUGAUGGAGGAUGUCCACAGGAGCCCCAGACCACUAGGGCCAUCAAGGAAGUCAGGAAAAAAGAUGAGUUUGCCUUGGCUGAUGAGGACUGGGUUAAGGAUCAGUUAAGUAAUCUGGACAUCCUAAAAUCCUUGUGCCCUGAUGGGAUGCACCCAUGGGUGCUGAGGUUACUGGUGGAUGUCAUUGCUAGGCUGCUCUCCCAGAAGGGCCGGGGGCUGCUUACAGUCCUUCGGCAGCCGCCCUUCGCUCAGCGGGUGCCGCGGAGCCCCGCGCUGCCCUCCCGUAACUCCGGAGCGGCGGCGUUCGCUUCUCGGCUGCUUCUUCGGGAGAAACGAGUUGAGGUGCCGGUGCUUGCCGUGUCGCUGGAGCCUGGCAGAAGCGCGCGUCUGAGAACUGUACCAAAGGCCGUAACUACGGUGAGCUGUUACAGUGAUAAAGUUUACACUGUAUAUGGUCCUCAGGAGUGUGGACCUGGCAAGCUUCUUUCUUUGGGUGUCAGUAAGAGGCUUUUGACCAUGAGCAGUUCUGCUCCACCUAAAGAUAAUGGGAAUAAAAAGAAGAAAUUCAAACGAGAUGGGUGGCCACACUCCCCUUCACGUGUCCUUCAUAUUCGUCAAAUUCCAGGUCAAGCUACUGAAUCAGACAUAAUUUCAUUGGGUCUCCCUUUUGGCAAAGUUACCAACAUCUUGAUGCUAAAAGGGAAAAAACAGGCACUUUUGGAAAUGGCUUCUGAAGAUAGCGCUCGUGCUGUGAUGAAGUACUACACUAUGGCAACACCUCACCUCCACAGCCAGCCUGUUCAGAUUCAGUAUUCCUACCACAAGGAGCUUAAGACUGACAAUCUAGCUAAUCAUGCUAGAGCUCAGGCUGCAUUACAAGCUGUGAAUACUCAGCAGUGUGGAAGCUUGGAUGUUAUAAAUGGUCUUCCUCCUGGAGGUGGGUUCUGUCCAAGUUCUGUUCUUCGAAUCAUGGUUGAAAAUGUUUUCUACCCCAUCACAUUGGAAGUGCUCCUUCAGAUUUUCUCAAAAUUUGGAUCUGUUUUGAAGAUUAUCACCUUCAGUAAGAACAAUAAAUUCCAAGCUCUGCUGCAGUAUGCUGAUCCAAUGAAUGCAUAUUAUGCCAAAAUGACUCUAGAUGGCCAGAGUAUCUACACUGGCUGCUGCACUCUGCAUGUUGAUUUCUCCAAGUUAGCUAACCUGAAGGUAAGGUUCAACAAUGAAAAGAGCAGAGAUUUCACUCGCUUUGACCUUCCUUCUGGUAAUGGCCACCGAGCCCUGGCGCCACCUGCUGCCUUUGGGACCCCAGGUCUCUUUCCAACAUAUGCAGGGGCUUCUGGGUUUACUCCAGCUUUGGACUUUGCUCAAGGUCUUUCAGUUCCACCUCUUCCUGGAGCACUGUGUUCUCAAGCAAUGGCUACAUCUGCAGCAUCUGGACAGAUGACUAUUCCUGGUCUUAUAAGUCUUCCACUAACUUCUGUUUUGCUUGUCAGCAAUCUGAACCCUGAAGCCAUCACACCCCAUGGACUUUUCAUCCUGUUUGGUGUGUACGGUGAUGUGCAACGUGUGAAGAUCAUGUUUAAGAAAAAAGAUAAUGCUCUGGUUCAGAUGGCAGAUGUAGCUCAGGCUCAAUUAGCUAUCUUCCACUUGAAUGGACAGAGGCUUUAUGGAAGGGUCCUCCAUGCUACUUUUUCAAAACAUUAUACGGUUCAACUUCCUCGUGCGGGACACGAUGACUAUGGUCUGACAAAGGACUAUAGCCAUAGCCCUUUACAUCGCUUUAAGAAUCCUGGCUCUAAGAAUUUCCAGAAUAUCUUUCCUCCAUCUGAUACCCUGCAUCUCUCCAACAUCCCGACUUUUGUUACUGCUGAAGAACUGAAGGAUCUUUUUGCAAGUACAGGAUCUACUGUGAAAGCCUUCAGAGUUUUCCAGACAGAUUGCAGAAUGGCUCUGAUCCAGCUGGGCUCUGUGGAAGAAGCAAUUCAAGCUCUCAUUGAGCUUCACAAUCAUGACUUCGGAGAAAAGCAUCACCUCCGAGUUUCCUUUUCAAAAUGUCCACUCUGA